AUGGGCGCAAAAACCUCAAAGACAGCACAGUCAGCAACCCGCAGAUUCCCGACCCGGGCCCCAGGCGCUGUGCCUCCGCCCCCACGGCCAGGAGCUGCAAGAGCGAGAGCGUCUGCGCCGCCCAUAUCCAAAGCAGAACAGCAGGCUUCGCUCGAGAAAGAUGAGGCCAUUCUGGCCGACGGCGCAGAUCCAGAUCGAUAUCCGAAUCCGAACCCAUCGGUAAACCCAGCUUUUUCGCAGCGAUUAAAACAGAUGGGCGUAGCCACCCCGAAUCCGACUCUGUCGAACUCUUCCACGGCAUUUCCAGCACCCCCUACGUCCGGAUCAUCACCUCUGGGCCCCAAGUUCCCAGCUGCUAGGCAGAACCAAACACUUAAUGCCCUUGAAGCGCGCAAACGUUUGCAAGAAGAAGUUGAGCUUCAGCUGGAGAAUCCCAGUGGCCUACGCGACUUCGCCGAUGCCGGUACACUUAGACAAGCUUUAAUUAUGAGGAGACGAGGACUUGCUGCUUCCGAUGUUGAGAAACGACUACGACUGAGCAGCGGAGUGGUGGCACGGAUAGAAUCAGGCGGUGUCAUUACACCUUUAGGCCCACUCACGUAG